GUGUCACUGGGGGGGGGACACAAUUCCCAGUAAGUCCCAGUGACGCCACCCCAGCCCAAGCAGCUCCACACCCCCACUCCCAGUAACCCCCCCCCUACUCCCAGUGACCCCAGUGCCCCACUGCACACUCCCCGUGGUUCCCAGUAACCGCCCCCCCUUUCCCAGUGACCCCCAGUUCCCCCAUUUCCCCCAGUUUCCCCCAGUUUCCCCAGUUCCCCUCAGUUCUCUCACAACAGCGCGCUGCCGCGAACGCGCCGCCGCUCCCCGCUCCGCGCCCCGCAGCCAAUCAGCGCGCAGAGCCGAGCGAAGAGCCCUCCCCUCAGCCAAUCAGCGCGCAGAUCCGAGCGAAGAGCCCGUCCCUUCACCCUAGCAACGGGAGAGCGCCAACCAAUGAAAGGGCUUCCCUUCCUUCUCGCUGGCCAAUGAGAGGCCGCGUCUGGACGCUGCUCCGCCAAUCAGGGCUCGAGGCGCGGUGAAGCCAAGGGGCUUAAACUGGGACCUGGGGGGUAAAUUAUGGCUAAUAACGGGCUAAUAAUGGCUAAUAAUGGGGAAAUAAUGGAUAAUAAUGGGGUAAUAAUGGAUAAUAACGGGGAAAUAAGGGUAAAAAUGGGGUAAUAAUGGAUAGUAAUAGUGAAACAAUGGCUAAUAAUGGGACAAUAAAGGGUAAUAAUGGUGUAAUAAUGGCUAAUAAUGGGGAAAUAAUGGCUAAUAAUGGGGAAACAAUGGAUAAUAAUAGUGAGACAAUGGCUAAUAAUGGGUAAUAAUGGGGAAAUAAAGGGUAAUAAUGGGGAGAUAAUGGCUAAUAGUGGGAAAAUAAUGGCUAAUAACGCUGAAAUAAUAGCUAAUAAUGGGAAAAUAAAGGCUCAUAAUGGGGAAAUAAUGGCUAAUAACGGGGAAAUAAUGGCUAAUAAUAAGGAAACAAUGGCUAAUAGUUUGGAAAUGACAGCUAUUAACAGGAAUUAAUUAACGGCUGCUGAUGAUGAAAGAAAAUCCCCACAAAUAACCGGAAAAUAACGUCCGGUUACGCCCCCCCGGACGCCUGGGUCCCCUCCCGGACGCCUGGGUCCCCCCCCCCGGACGCCUGGGUCCCCCCUCCAGCUGUUCUCCCCCAACAGCUGCGGCCCCUCCCCCCGCCCCCAGCUGUUGGGGCCGCAGUUGGCGGGACCACGUGGGGACCCAGGCGUCCGGGAGGGACCCAGGCGUCCGGGGCGGGGGGGGGGGAGGAGGCCUCCCCCCCGUAUUUUUAGACCCUGAGACGUUCGGUCACGGCCCAAACAUGUGGGGGGAGGGGCCCGGACGCCUGGGUCCCUUUGGGGGGGUCCCCAAAAGGGUGUUUCUAGGGGACCCCCAAAAGAUGGUCUCAAGCCCCGCCCCGAAGGGGACCCAGGCGUUCGGGCUCCCGAGCCCCCCUGCUGCCCCCACCCACCCCGAGGGGGGACCCAGGCGUCCGGGCCCCCCCCCUAAAAUAAGGAGGGGGAGGAGAGAGAGGAGGAGGAAGGGGGUGGGGAGAGAGGACCCAGGCGUUCGGGAGGACCCAGGCAUCCGGGGGGACCCAGGAGUUCGGGAGGACUCAGGUGACCAUGGGGGUCCUGCCGCUGCCCCUCCCCCUCCUGCUGCUGGCCGCAGGGACCCAGGCGUCCGGGGAGACCCAGGCGUCCGAGCGGGUGACGGACGGACACCUGGACCUGGGCCGCUGCCGCUUCGCCCUGGGCAUGGGUGACGGGUCCAUCCCCGACAGCCACAUCUCGGCCUCCAGCGCCUGGUCCGACUCCACGGCCGCGCACCACGCACGGCUGGGCCGCAGUGACGGUGACGGCGCGUGGUGCCCGGCGGGUCCCGUGUUCCCGGCGGGUGACGAGUUCCUGGAGGUCGACCUGGGGCGGCUGCACCUGGUGACGCUGGUGGGGACGCAGGGACGCGACGCGGGGGGACACGGGCGCGAGUUCGCCGGCGCCUACGGGCUGCACUACUCCCGCGACCGGCACCGCUGGCUGCGCUGGCGCGACCGCUGGGGACAGCAGGUGAUCGAGGGGAACGAGGACCCCCGCGGGGUGGUGCUGAAGGACCUGUCCCCGCCGCUGGUGGCCCGAGCGCUGCGCGUCUACCCCCGCGCCCCCCGCGCCAUGAGCGUCUGCCUGCGCAUCGAGCUCUACGGCUGCCCCUGGGACGCCGGUCUCGUGUCCUACACGGCCCCUCAGGGACAGGUGAUGACCUUUGACCCCGCGCCCAUUGUCCUCAAUGACUCCACCUACGACGGCUUCAGCGUCGGGGGGCUGCAGUUCGGGGGGCUGGGCCAGCUGGCGGACGGCGCGCUGGGAUUGGACGACUUCCGGCGCAGCCGCGAGCGCCGCCUGUGGGCGGGGUACGACUACGUGGGGUGGAGCCGCCCCCCGGGGCCACGCCCCCUCCUGCCCAUGGAGUUCCAGUUCCUGCAGCUGCGCCGCUUCCGCGCCAUGCAGGUGCACUGCAACAACAUGCGGGCGCUGGGCGUGGCCGCGUUCCGCGAGGUCGCCUGUCGCUUCCGCAGCAGCGCGGGCGGCGCCUGGGACGCCCCGCUCACCCACCGGCUGGGCGGGGCCGGCCAGGACCCCCGCGCCCGCUCCGUCACCGUCCCCCUGCGCGGGCGCCGCGGCCGCUUCGUGCAGUGCCGCUUCGCCUUCGCCGCCCGGUGGCUGCUCUUCAGCGAGGUCACCUUCCACUCGGAGGUGGUGGAGGAGGUGGGCGUGGCCAGCGGGUGGCCCCCGGCCCCACCCCCCGACCCCUCGGCCGUGGCAUUGGCCAGCCCAGAGGUCCCCUGGCCGGGGGACACGCCCACCAACGGCACCACCCCGGCCCCCGGGGCGGGGCAGCCAGUGGCCAAGGCCGAGCACAGCCAGCCGUCCAUCCUGAUUGGCUGCCUGGUGGCCAUCAUCCUGCUCCUAUUGGCCGUCAUCGUCCUCAUCCUCUGGCGGCAGCACUGGAGGAGGAUCCUGGGGAAGGCGCGGCGCCGGCCCUGGCAGGACGAGCUGCGGGCGCAGCUCUCGGCGCCGGGUGACGCCGUCGUCAUCAACAACGCGACGGGGGCGGGGCGGGGCCCCCCCCGCUACGAGCGCGUCCCCCCGGCGCCCGGCGACUACCAGGAGCCCGCCCCCCCGCGCCCAACGCGGCCGCCGCCCCCCACCGCGCCCGCCCCCCUGGCCAACCCAGCCUAUCGCCUCCUGCUGGCCACCUAUGCCCAGCCAAUGGGAGGGCUCGCUCGGACCCCACCCGAUGGGGCCAAGCCAAUCAACACGGAUGGAUUGGUGGAGCCCGAGGGGGGGGCGGGUGCAUACGCUGAGGCUGACGUCACCGGAGGCUCCGCCUACGCCCUGGCCGGCCCCGCCCCCGGUCCCGCCCCCAGCCCCGCCCUUCCCGCCUUCCCCCGGCGCCGCCUCCGCUUCCGUGAGAAACUGGGGGAGGGGCAGUUUGGAGAGGUGCUGCUGUGCGAGGUGGAGGACCCGCAGGCCCUGCCCCCCUCGGCGCGCCCCCCCGAGCUGCCCCCCGGGCGCCCCCUGCUGGUGGCCGUCAAGGUGCUGCGCCCCGACGCCUCCAAGAACGCCAGGCGGGACUUCCUGCAGGAGGCGCGGACGCUGGGGCGGCUGCGCGACCCCCACAUCGUGCGGCUGCUGGGCGUGGUCGGGGGGGCGGGGCCACUCGCCAUCGUCACCGAGUACAUGGAGCACGGGGACCUGCACCAGUUCCUGGCCGGGGCACAAGGACACGCCCUCAGCCUGGGCACGCUGCUGCGGCUGGGCGCGCAGAUCGCGGCCGGGAUGCGCUUCCUGGCCGCGCGGAACUUCGUGCACCGGGACCUGGCGACGCGGAACUGCCUGGUGGGCUCGGGCUUCCGCGUCAAGGUGGCCGACUUCGGCAUGAGCCGCCAGCUCUACGCGCGCCACUACUACCGCGUGCGCGGCCGCGCGCUGCUGCCCAUCCGCUGGAUGGCCUGGGAGUGCAUCCUGCUGGGGACGUUCACGCCGGCCAGCGACGCGUGGGCGUUCGGGGUGACGCUGUGGGAGGUGCUGACGCGGUGCCGGGAGCAGCCGUACGGGGCGCUGAGCGACGAGCAGGUGAUCGGCAACGCCCGGCGCCACUGCCAGGGGCUGGGGGCACAGGAGUACCUGCCCCGCCCCCCCGGCUGCCCCCCCGCCCUCCACGAGCUCAUGUUGAGCUGCUGGGCCCGCGAGGCGCCCGCGCGGCCCGACUUCGGGCAGCUGCACCGGAGCCUGUGCCAGCACCUGGGCUGAGCCUUCGUCACCAUCACCAUCAUCAUCGUCAUCAUCACCAUCAUCAUUGUCAUCAUCAUCAUCAUCAUCGUCAUCAUCGUCAUCAUCAUCGUCAUCAUCAUCAUCCCCAUCAACCCGACUUCGGGCAGCUGCACCGGAGCCUGUGCCAGCACCUGGGCUGAGCCUUCGUCACCAUCAUCAUCAUCACCAUCAUCAUCAUCAUCAUCGUCAUCAUCAUCAUCAUCAUCAUCGUCAUCAUCCCCAUCGACCCGACUUCGGGCAGCUGCACCGGAGCCUGUGCCAGCACCUGGGCUGAGCCUUCGUCACCGUCACCAUCAUCAUCGUCAUCAUCAUCAUCAUCAUCCCCAUCGACCCGACUUCGGGCAGCUGCACCGGAGCCUGUGCCAGCACCUGGGCUGAGCCUUCGUCACCAUCACCAUCAUCAUCAUCAUCAUCAUCAUCAUCAUCCCCAUCGACCCGACUUCGGGCAGCUGCACCGGAGCCUGUGCCAGCAGCUGGGCUGAG